CAGCCAUGCUUCUGCCGGGUGGAGUGAGCCGAGGCAGAGGCAGAGGCAGAGGCAGAUAACAGGCGAAGAGGGAAUGCGGAAGGAAGGAGACGAGGAGGAGGAGGAGGAGGCGGCUCCCUGGUCACAGCAACAGCAUCCUGCUCAAGGACAGGCUGCCUGAUCGGCUUCUGUCGCCUACUUCUGAUUGGCUCCUCGCUCCCCUCAUCCCUGCCUCCCUCCCUCUUCCCGCAUGACGCGCCGCAAAUCUCGCCGGAGGGGGUGUGCACGCGAGUGGAGGACAAGACCAAUGGCGGCGGCCAGAUGCUGGUCAGCGGCCAUUUUACUGGCGGCGUUGGGGGCUCUCCACGCAGACGGGAGGCCCGACGACGACAAGGGAUCGCCGGGGUCGCAGCCUUAUCGGCCCGUCUUGAGAUUCCGACAUAAGGAUGGAAUCCCCGAGAGCUUAAACAUGAAGGGCUUGAUGGUCCGCCAUAGCGACCCGCAUCCAUGCCAGCAGAAGUACUGCGGCCUGGGCCGUCGCUGCACCGUCGACCUGCAGACGGGCCGAGGGGAGUGUAACUGCUUGGAUCAGUGCAAACCUCACUACAAGCCCGUGUGUGGCUCGGACGGCAAAUUUUACCCCAACCACUGUGAGCUGCAUCGCGCUUCCUGCUCGGAAGGGCGCAGGAUUACCAUCGUUCACGGCGAGGAGUGUUUCUACAAAGGCGACAGCUGCAGACUGAGCGACUACCGGCGCCUCAAGGCCAAGAUGUUGGAGGCGCACGACAAAAGACACGCAGCGACGAAGGCGUCGCGUGGGGCCCAUGAGUACAACAUGGCCGCCAGGAAGCAGCUGGUGAACGCCGUGUUCAGAGGUUUCGAUGCGGACGGCAAUGGGCAAAUAUCAUUGGACGAACUUUCGCAGGUGAACAAGCGCCAGGGUCUGUUCAAGGACUCUGGCAAGUGCACGUUGUUGGAUCUGUUAAAGUACAACGACGUCGACGAUGACAAACGCCUGACCAGGGAAGAAUUCUACACUGCCUUCGACGUGUACCAGCUGGAGCUCGCGGACCACCAGAGGGUGACGGUGAAGACGGUGACGGUGGGCCAGAGCGCCGCGCUCACCUGCGCCAUCACGGGCCAGCGCCGCCCGCCCAUCCUGUGGAAGAGAAACAAUCAGUAUCUCAAUGCCUUGAACCUGGAUGACAUCAAUGACUUUGGCGACGACGGCUCCUUGUAUUUCACCAAGGUGACCACCACCCACGCGGGCAAUUACACCUGCCACGCCGACGGCUACGAGAGACUCUUCCAGACGCACGUUCUCCACGUGGACGUUCCGCCCGUCAUCCGGGUGUACCCGGAGAGCCAAGCCAGGGAGCCGGGCGUCACCGCCAGCCUACGAUGCCACGCCGAGGGCAUCCCCCGCCCGCAGCUGACCUGGCUCAAGAACGGCAUGGACAUCACACCCAAGCUAUCCAAGCAACUCACCCUGCAAGCUAAUGGCAGCGAGGUGCACAUCAGCAACGUGCGCUUUGAGGACACCGGCGCUUACACCUGCAUCGCCAAAAACCAGGCGGGCGUGGACGAGGACAUCUCCUCGUUGUUUGUGGAGGACUCCGCGCGCAAAACCUUGGCCAACAUUCUGUGGCGGGAUGAAGGGCUCGGUAUCGGAAACAUGUUCUACGUGUUCUACCAGGACGGCGUUAAAGUCAUCCAGCCGGUGGCAUGCGAGAUACAGAGGCACAUCAAGCCCAGCGAGAAACUGCUGGCUCUGAAGGAGGAAGUGUGUCCCACCUCAGAAGACGACGAGGUGCAGAAUUGUGUGUGGUCAGCGGCAGUCAACGUCAAGGACAAAUUUAUAUACGCCGCGCAGCCCACUUUGGACCGUGUGCUCAUCGUGGACGUCCAGUCGCAGAAGGCUGUCCAGACGGUCAGCACCGACCCGUAUCCCGUCAAGCUGCACUACGUCAAGUCUCGAGACCAGGUGUGGAUCCUCAGCUGGGGGGACAGGCAGAAGAGCUUCCCCACACUGCAGGUGAUCAGUGAGGCGAGUCUGAGGGUGUCCCACCACACGGUGCACACGCAGCCGGUGGGCGGACGCUUCGACAGGGCGGACGACUUCUUCAUCCCCUCGGCCAGCCUGAUCGCGGACAGCGUGAGAUAUGGCCUCAUCUUUCACGAAAAUGAGCCUGUCCUACACAAGAUCGACUUGGAGACGAUGGCCUACGUGAAGAACAUCAGCCUACGGGACUUUAACUGUGUCCCCAAGUCAGCGGCCUACACCCAGCUUGGCGGCUACUACUUUGUCAACUGCCGCUCGGACUCCGCCGGCGCCACGCAAGCUCAGGUCAUCGUGGACAGCGUGACAGACAGCGUGAUCGGGCAGAAUCGCGAUGUCAACGGAACGCCCCACGUGUCCCCGGAUGGCCGCUACCUGGUCACCGUGGACGACGAUGAUGGCCUGAUGCGGAUCCAGACCGUCUCGGAGCACGGCGAGAUCGGGGAGCCCUUUGACAUCCACACCAACUUGCACAUCUCCGACCUGGCCUUCCAGCGCUCCUUUACUGAGGCCCACCAGUACAACGUGUUCGGUAGCUCCGGGCGCCAGACGGACGUGCUGUUCGUUGAGUUGCGCACCGGCAAGGUGAAGAUGAUCAAGAGCUUGAAAGAGGCCAUCAAGCCCUAUGAGUGGCCAUGGAGCGCCAAGAACCGGGCGGUGGUGGGCGGCGGGACGUUCGGCCAGUACCUCAUGACCCCUUCCCGUGAGUCCCUGUUUAUCCUGGACGGGCGGCUCAACAAGCUUAACUGCGAGAUCACCGACGUGGUCAAAGGCAACGUGUUGGUCUGGGUUGGGGGGGAGUCUUAGGAACGAGUCGGGUUCUGGGACUGUUUCACUUAAGUUCGCCGCGGAAUUUCAAAAUUUUGUGAGGGAGAAUGUCAAGUAUUUAAAAAUGCUAAUUGACCAUUCACGUUAUGAGAUGUAAAAGUAAUCAGAGUCAUGAAUAUAAAUCUAUUUGCUGUACCUUUUGAAAAUUGAUGUACCUUUUGAAAAAUCCAACACAGAUCCGGACUGUCUCUCGUAAUUUACCCCCAACUUUUCUCCCGUGCCUUCAAGGAAAAUUAAUGUCAUUUUUUUCCAGCCCCUUAACUUCAACGCUAUGUCAUGUAUGGCUUGAUCUUGUCUGGUUUGAAAUGAGACUCAUUACGCUCAGACACUCACUAACCUUUAAUCCAGACUUAUAAAACAGCAUUUGGUAAAUUCCGAUUUGAUUUGAUUAUUUUUUUUUUUUUUUUUUUUAAUUCUGCCCCAAAGCAGGAAAAUCAAAAGUCGCUUAUUUUAGCUUUAGGAAAGGAAUUUAAACAUUAUUUCAAAGAGCGUUCCUUGAGGAAGAGUCAAUCGAGCACCUGCCCGUUUGAAGGAUUCAAACUUUGGACCAAACAAAAGGGAAGGAAAUUAGACUAGACUAGGCUGUAUCCUAGUGAGAUUAGAGAUUGCUGUGUGCUACUUGUGCUAUAUUGUGUUGAAGACAAGGUUGGAUGAUGACAAUGGACACCUUUCUAUGCAUUAACAAUCCCAAUGACAACUGCAUCUGAAAAAUUGACAAUGGACUUCUGGCGUGUUAAUAAUAAACCUCUCACCAUAUGUCAUGCAUCACCCUCACUUUUGCUGCCACAUUACGUUCUCUUUAUGUUUCUUUAAAUCCAGAGCGGCUGGUUCAAUUGCUUCAUUCCGAUUGUACAGAUAAAAACACAAGUGAUGAUCGUUCACUGAGCACAUAGCGAUCACCGCUUUCCACGUCCACAGUAGUCAUGUCUCGUAUGUGUGUGUCCCCCCCCCCCCCCCUUGGUGCGAUUGCUAUUUAUACAUAAAUACAAAUAACGCUUGUCAUUAUACCCAACAAUAAAAUCUAUACCA